UGUCGUAUUUAAGGGGCUAUCCCAGUCUUAUGAAUAAGACAUAGGUCAAACGACUUCCCACGUAACAUUGACGUAAUGGUGUUGAAAAAAAUAUUCAGGAAACACUUGUUGUCUCCGAUCAUUUCUUUAAUGUAGUGAACAUUACUCCUUGCACUUGUGCUGCGAAGUGGUCGACGUCGUCCGGUAACUGAAUUAAUUCAUCACUCCGGGAAAAGAAACUGAUCACAAUCGAGGAUUUGAGCCAACAGAUAGAUACGGAAUGGGAUGGAGAGCGUUUUUAUCGGCUCUUGGUUCCACUGGCCAUGGCGGAUUUCAACAACAGAAUCACAGGGAUGAGCAUCAGCAGACUCGUAUAAGAUCGACCGAGAGACGUUGUCGACAAAGACGCAACGCCGUGACAGUAUUUACGGUGGAAGAUCUUUUAAAAUCCAACAACUUUCAAAAUCUUCUGAACGUUCACUCAGGGCGAAGAGGAUCGAGGACAUCCGAAGAAUAACUUAUGGUGAAAAGGAAAGAAAUGAAUGUCGUCCGGUUGUUAUUAAGUUUUCAGUAACCGUUAGUCAAGAGAGGUUUCGGUUGGUUUAUCAGAGGUUGUACAUUUGUAAUGUCUUGUCUUCCAUUUUAGAUAUAGAGUGGUAGAAUAUAGUUGUAUAACAUCGCCAAAGGAAAGUACCCCAUAACCAGAAAAAUAUUCCAGAAUUUACUGAAGAACUGUAUUUAUCUGAACCGAAGAAAUGUUGUUACAUCAACUUCAGCAAAGUGUAUUCAACUGAGUUAAAACGAAAGAAAACUAAAAAAAGUGACCGAUUGGUCAAUGAAUGAGACAGAUCUGUAGUUUUAAAAACUCGCACGAAUAAAUGACCUUUACUAAAGCUGAAGUAACUUUCAAUGAAAACAGAUAAUACAAACACCUCACCAUGCAAACUGUGCGCGUCGCGGUUGAUGAACAACGUAACGCAAACUAAUCCCCGUACCAUAACAGAAGCCUUACGCGGUGGCGCGAAUGGGGCCGCAAACAGCCGGCCGUAAGGCCCUAUGGACAGCCUCGAGCGCUGCAAAAUGCAAAAAGAAAAGUAGGGGGGAAAGAGCAGUGGUCAUGUGAUAUAAUACUUGUGGAUUAGUUAGGUUGGGCUGAACAGGAAACUUUUGACUCACGAUCAUGAAGGAAGGACCUUGAAUCAAAUACUUUCCUGUCCCACCCUCUCAGUCAAAAUGGACAUCAAACAAGCGGGAAGUGAAACGCAAGGUAUUCUUUAUGUGCUUAGAACUCCACCCGUUUGGUUUAUGCUUGAGAUUUCUUUGUGGUAUACACUUAAACAGUUAUUCACCUCCACUCCGGUGAAUAAUUGUUAAUGAGUUGAAGCGGACGUGAAACCAUCGGUAGACUACAAAAUGAACUUUGGUUUUGCUUUCUUAAACUUGUAAUCCGUAUCUUAAGCUGAUGAAGAAAAGAAUUUAGUUUUCAUCGUAAAUGCAAUUUUUUUUACUUUAGUGUUCCAACGGCUGAAACUAGACAGCAGGAAGUUGGCUGUAAACGUCGUUUUUAAUCCCUUGAUUAUUAGAAAAGAACCCGGUUUGAGGAUAGUGAAUGCAAAAGACGCGGGUACCAUCUAAUGAGCGAGUGACGUCACGAAUCACCCGUUGGCUACCUGGCGGCUCUCAAACAAGUGCAAUGGAUUCUAACUAUUGCUACUAUUUAGAACUUAUUUUGAUUUCUCAGAAAAUUUAGUACACGUGGAUGACGAAAAUUUGCACCAUCGCUUGACCGCGCGGCAUGAGUUUGUUUGUACACUAGCCUGACUUGGUUGUUUAUGAUGAGAGUCGCCAAUCGACUAAACCGAUUUCGGGUUCGGUGCGUUCAUCUUCUUUUCUGCGGAAUAAUUUUUUGUGCUAUUUAUAUUGUUUUAUACCGUGACCUUGGAAUAAGCUUACCGGCUGCAGAGCUUGACAACAAGCUGGUCGAAGUUCCGUUGAGGUUCCGAAUUGCAGAUGGUUGGGUGUGGAAAGAUGACAUCGACUACAGUGGACCAGUUCGAAAUAUGAUGAGCACCAACGUCAUAGACAAACCAGAAUCUAACCAAUCAAAUGACGAGUUACCUCCAUCAGUUGCACAAGAUACUGGACUGGACUACGGGCAAGGACGGUAUCUUGAAUUGGAAGGUGUGGAAGAUUAUAUCUUGUGGCAAAAGGGAUACUUGGAGCCCACCAAGAAACAAGUCAACAGAAAAAUCCGUAAUUGUAAGAAGGCAAUCCAGAAUGUUCUUUUCCUCAAGACUCACUACACUGGAAGUGACGUCGUUGCCAAUAUCCUGAAUCGCUUUGCCGACUUACGGAGCCUACGCAUUGCCCUCCCUAGCGGAGGACUGUCGACAUUUUUUUGGCCUUCAAGAUUACACUGGAAAUAUGUGGACAUCUUGUUACUGGACGGAACCCUACCUAACAUACUUUGCAAGCACGCGCGUUUUAAUGGUGACGUUAUGGAUGAAAUUAUGCAACCGCAGACAGCCUUCAUUACUAUAUUACGUGACCCGGUGUCUCAUUUUGAGGUGACGUUUCGAAACUUGGAUUUCCAGGAAAUCCUAGAAAUGGAAGAUCAAUCAUAUCCUUUUCUGAAAUUUUUGGAAAAUCCUCGAAAAUACAUAGGAAGAGCCAUUCAACGCAAGAGUUUCAAGGAUUCUCUGAAUCUUAUCAAAAAUGGGAUGUUCUUCGACCUUGGACUUCGAACCACGGAUUAUCACAAACCAGAGAUGGUCCGAGACGCGAUAUUAGAUAUUGACGACAAAUUUACUCUGGUACUUAUCUAUGAAUAUUUGGACGAGUCACUGGUGAUGCUGAAGAGAAAAUUAUGCUGGGAGUUAGAUGAUGUUGUCUACCUUAAGUUUCAUUAUCAACUCCAUGGUGAAAGCACACAUCAGAAUAUCAGUGGUAAGAUUACUGAACAAAUUUACCGCUGGAACAAUGCAGACACGAUGUUGUAUCAAUACUUUAAUGACACACUGUGGAACGAGAUUCGUCUGGAAGGAAAAGAGUUUUAUGAGGAAGUCCGCGACUUUAGGACUAAACACGAAGAAAUGGAACGUGAUUGUUUGGGAAAGUCUUUAAAUUUAGAAAACAUACAGUUGAACCAGGCAGUUCCGUCGCUAAAUCGAUACCUGUGCGAGAAGAUGCUCUAUAGAGAUAUAGAAUAUUUGCAUUAUUUCCGAAGGAAGAUGAAAAAUAACAAAAGACGAACACCAACCAAUAGUAUUGGCUCGGCAAACGGGACAAGUGCAGUCUUACUACAAGGAAGUGCAGUAAAAACCCUCGCACAAAGAAACGAGACAGACACAGGUUUAGUUUCAAAACGAUAAGAACUUAAGACACUAAUGACGCUGUAUAUAGUGCAUUUACACUUCAGGGACAACUGUAUUAGUUUCGAGGAGAGAAAAAUGCCCCAAGAUAACUAAUACCGCUUAACCCACUCUUGACCAAAUGUUUGUUGAUUAAAAUCAAAAUUUUAAAACACUGA